UUAGUUAAGUCAAAAAAAUGAGAAAAAAAAUCCCCACACCAGUAAUUUAUUUAUUUACAAUUGUUUUUAUGUUAACACAUUGUAUGUGGGAGAUUGUGGAGGAUUGUUGGUGACGAUUAGAAAAAUGUAACCUGGCAACCACGGUAAGUGUGGACGCAGACUCUGGAGCUUCAGCUCCCUGCCAGCUCUUUAUCUCGGGUCGGCUGUGAUGAUCGUCACCGCGGCGCAGACUCUCAUUACACACCGCUGCAGACGGGCUUUGAGUUCGGGGCGCGUUACAGCCGGGAAAUAGCAAUAAAUCCUGCUGUGGGAUUUAAUCUACAAGUUGGGUCGUGGUUUUUAUACCACUGUUGAGUGAAGUGAGGAGUUAGUGAGAAAUAUAGUUAGUGAUUGAGUAGGUAAUUAAGUGAGAUAUUGAGUAAAAUCUUGAGAGAGAUCUUGAGUAGGAUCUCCUCUGCAGCAGCCUCAGUGUCGGUGCACUCCGGGAACAGAAACAUGGAUGACGGGCCACGGUGAUGGCUUUCAGGAGUUUAGGCCCCGUCUGAUCUGCUGCUUCUUGGUAUAAAAAACAACAUUCAUGCACCUGAUCUCCAGACUCUGGAGACGUGACGUGCCCUUGUCAGAACGGUUUGGCGAGGGCUCAGUAGCCGCCAUGGUUCCAGGAUCUCCAGCAACAGUGUCCCCUACCGGGCCCAACAUCUCAUGGCUCCCUGAGGCUCCACUGCGCACCCCUGAUCAGCCCAUCUUCCUCAUGACUACAACAGCACAAGCUGUGUCUGGUUUCUUUGUGUGGACAGCAUUGUUGUUUACCUGCCACCAGAUCUACAUGCACUUGCGUUACUACAGUUCUCCAAACGAGCAGAGACACAUAGUGCGCAUCCUUUUCAUCGUCCCCAUCUAUGCUUUCGACUCCUGGCUCAGCCUUCUGUUCUUCACCAAUGAUCAGUACUACGUUUAUUUCGACACAGUCCGAGACUGCUAUGAGGCAUUUGUAAUCUACAACUUUCUGAGCCUUUGUUAUGAGUACCUGGGAGGUGAAAGUGCCAUCAUGUCUGAGAUCAGAGGGAAACCCAUCGAGUCCAGCUGUGUGUAUGGGACGUGUUGUCUUUGGGGCAAGACCUAUUCUAUUGGCUUCCUCAGAUUCUGUAAACAGGCCACACUCCAGUUUUGUGUGGUGAAACCCUUGAUGGCAGUGGUCACUGUUAUCCUGCAGGCCUUUGAAAAAUAUCGUGAUGGAGAUUUCAAUGUGGCCAGCGGAUAUCUGUACGUGACCAUUAUCUACAAUGUCUCCGUGAGCCUGUCCCUGUACGCUCUCUUCCUCUUCUACUUUGCCACACGAGACCUGCUCAGCCCCUACAGCCCUGUGCUCAAAUUUUUCAUGGUUAAAUCAGUCAUCUUUCUUUCCUUUUGGCAAGGUAUGCUGCUGGCCAUUCUUGAGAAAUGUGGUGCAAUUCCAAAGAUCAGCUCUGCCGAGGUGUCUGUUGGUGAGGGCACUGUAGCGGCUGGAUAUCAGAACUUCAUUAUCUGCAUCGAGAUGUUCUUUGCUGCAGUGGCCCUUCGCCAUGCCUUCACAUAUAAAGUGUACAUGGACAAGAGGCUCGACUCCCAUGGCCCUAUUCCAACAUAUGGACAGUAUGGUCGUUCGGCUCCUAUGAAGAGCAUCUCGAGCAGUCUGAAGGAGACAAUAAACCCUGGAGACAUUGUCCAGGAUGCCAUUCACAACUUCUCUCCAGCUUAUCAGCAGUACACACAGCAGUCCACUUUGGAACAAGGGGUCAAAGCACCACCCCUCUCCCGCAACCAUAGCUGUAUGAGUGCACGGGACACUGAGAAAACCCUCCUGCUCAGCUCUGAUGAUGAGUUUUAGCCCCAGUGUAGGCUGAUUGGAAUAUCCAAAAACUAUAUGUAGAGUACUCCUCUGUCUUUAAGGUAGAUUCUAUGCUGCAAUGAUGUACUGGUAGUUGAACCGUUUAUCUUGGGGACACAUCAUUACAGGACCAUAGGACAACUAGUCCAACGAUUUACAUGUUGGAGUAUUAAAAGUAUCGCUGCUUAUUGUUUCAUUGUUAUUGAUGUGGUGAAACAAUAAUUUACUUUUGCGGAAGCUUUUUGUUAUUCUCUGCCUUCUAAGUGGUUUAUUUUGAAGAGUAACCUUUUUUUCAGCUAUUAAUAGGAAAUAUUUAGUUGGCUUAAAUGCUUAUCAGCAUUUUUACACAUUUAUACUUGAAUCGAUUUGAUUUUUUUUUCUGAGUCCGUUUACUUAUAGAGUGACAAAAACUGAAUAUUUCAAUACUGAAAUUUUGAGGAUUUAAAAUCCAGUUAAUGUAUUUGACUGAUCGUGAACAAUAAGCACCGGAGGAUUGUUUUUUGCUUCCCAUGUUCAAGUUCAGCUCUGUGUAUGAUGGUCAGUGUUUACAGUUGAGAUGAAAGGGGUUUAAGAUCUCAUGCUUAUGUGAUUGAUGCAUCAGGUGCAGAGUGAAGAUGUAGUGAAUAAACAAGCAGUUAUUUGAGCUUGAUGAGAUUACAAUAUAAGAAUGAGUGAAAUCUGCUCUUGGUUCCGGUUUCAGCUGAUCUACAGUCUAGAAUUUUAGGAUGUAACUGGGCCAUCGUUUAACACAAUUUCCUUAGUGAGACACAGAAACUGGCAGCACACCCUGGCACUAAAUUCACCAUCUUGGAUAGCUGGGGUUCAAGUAACACCUGCUAUAGUUUUGCAUAUAAAUGCUGCUUAAACUUCAAAAUCAUCUAAAUGUACAUCUGAAAUAUUUCCUAAUGAAGCAGUAAAGGGUGCAACUAUAAAUGUUUUCUAUUUGUACUUUUGAAAUAUUUUGUUCUCUGCUUAUUUUGAUGUGGAUCCUUCAAGUUUGGACUUAAUCCACGCUCAUUAUUUCUUGAAAGCCACUAGAGGGAGGCAUCUUCAGUAUGAGGGCAUCUGCACCUUAUCUCAGUAGGACAUAUUAGGUGCUAUGUUGUGUUUCUAAGGGCCAUGCUGAUAUUUCCUUCCUGUUCCUCUGUUGUUUUUUGUUUCUUCAUUUCAGUUCUCUUUAUGAUAGCACUACAGCCUUCCUGGGUUAGACUGUACUUGUUGUAAACAUGGUUAUAUCUUUAGCAUUUCAUCUAGCAUUAGAGUGGAAUAUGUUUCUGUCCUGCUCUUUAUUUGUGCAAUAGAGACCAGUAUAAAUGAUCUAGCUACAGCAUUUGAGUAUUAAGUAUUUAUGGUACCUGCUUUUUAGUAUCUUAGGUUUUUUUGUUUGCAUUCUUAAUAAGAGGAUUUGGGGAGAUAUUUAUCAUUAAUGCACUAAACCAAGCCCAGUCCAAAAGGGAAUGUGAGGCUUUAGAGUAACUCACCCCAGUCAUUUAUUCAAGGGGCAUCCAAAUGUUUUCUAUAUUCAAAUUAUUCAAAAGGCUUUCUUUGGUGAAAAGAAACUAUUCAGGAAAAUUUUUAGUUAGUAGAGGUGGUGCAGUGGUGUAAUGGGCAGUGUUGAUGUGUCACAGCUCCAGAUUCCCUGCUUUGUUCCUGUGUGUGUGUGUGUGUGGCUUACCUGUACUCACUGUGUUUGUAUGGGUGUUUUCCACAUUUCCAAAAAACUUGCUGGUAGGUGUAUGGACUACUUUAGGCAUGGAUGUGUGAACCAACACAAGGGUGUGUUUAGCUUUCACAGGGAUUCACCUCGUCCCUGACCAGGAUGAAGUAAAUAAAUUAUUUUAGAGCGAAACUCAUAAUUUGUUACUAGAAUUGAAACUAUCUAGUCGAUCAGGGCCUUUUGUACACUAGGAUAUAUUUUAAGCACAGGUAGAGCAAUAGCGUACAUGAACAAGCAAAUGCUUUGAUAUUUUUUACAUUUUUAAUGUGCCAUUGUAUAUUUUUCCUGCAAAGAUGAUGCUUCUAUUUUUCCUUGUGACGUCCCUACAAAAUAAUAAAAUAAGGAUUUUGUCUGUA